AUGCACUUUCACGACAAGGAAUCCUUUGAGUUGUACCACACUCUCGAUAUUUGGUCACCUGUGACACAGCCUCAAGAACUCCGUAUCAACGUAUUCACCUCCAAGUCGUACCUGGAACUCAAAGCAAGAGACCGUACGAGAGACCGGAAGAAGACGCAGAAGUCGCAAUCUGCGACAUGCGAGCGGCUGGACACUGAGGGUCACCUGAGCGUUGAGUCGAUCUUUGAGGGUCCUCAAUCGCCCGCCCGCUGUAACAUAACCUUGGACCGAGCGGCGAGCCACACGAUUGAGAAAUCAUGCGUCCGGGAAGCAUUUCGUCGUACCAUGUACGACGAUGUGGACCUGGCAGGUACUACGAUACCAUUCACCCAGCAAGCCAAUGCUGCUCAGGCUGCGCUUGGAUUGUUAUCUUGCGAUAGCCAGGCAGCACCAUGUCUGUCUCCAAUUUUUCCAGCACAUGCAUCCAUCAAGCAGGGACACAUCGAGCCGUUGUCUCCGCCCAAUAUCGGCAGUACUCCGCCUGCCACAUCCAUUCCCUUUCGUCAAAGCCCCGGAAAUUCUACCACUGGUCUGGAAUGCGACCACCCAUUGCUCCCAGACUCCUGUCCGGAUAAGAUCGCAGCCAACCUCGACGACGACCUCAAUAGCGCCGACUCUAUUGAGGACCGGAAUCGACGCAAGGAGAAGAGUCCACUUCAUCUGCGCAAUGAUACUUCCUUGAAUCGACUUGAUUUGCCGAUAUCAGGUUUGGAGCAUGAAGAGGCGGUGAAAUGCCAUCAGCCACUAAAGAGGGCAAACGAUCGCCAUUUCAUUGCUGCACAAAAGCAGCAAACUCAUGGGCUCAAUGACGACCGCACGGCUACAUCGGUACGAUCUUAUUCACGGUUGCGUGCGAAGCGCACACCACGUAAGCUGUCUGCAAGUACACAUCACAAACAGGCUACGAUUGAGCCAAAGAAGACCACACGCGACAAGAAUGUCAAGAAUUUGGGUUUUAUUCAUUCUCUCUUAUCUGAUAAAACGCCACCACGCAAGUCACGAUGCGGUCGUUCAAUUGUUCGACCACGGAGACACCUGCCAGAGGAGGGCUACGCUUAG